AUGGUAGGUGAUUUUAUUCAUGGUUCAGAGCUUCUAAGAUACAUUACUCAUACAAACCUUGUCCUACUGCCCAAAAAAGAUGAUGUUCAGAACUUUAUGGAUAUCAGGCCUAUAAGCUUAAGUAAUUUUGUUAAUAAGGUGUUUUCUAGGGUGACUCAUGAGAGACUAAGAACUAAAAAGGGGAAGAAGAAUGGUAAUCAGAUUGUUCCAAAUAUUGUAAUGAAGCUUGAUAUGACAAAAGCUUAUGAUAGACUUUCAUGGAGCUUUCUCACAAAGGUUCUAAGUAAGUUUGGAUUUGGAGAAUGGGCAGUUAAACAAAGGGAUCCUUUGUCUCCUACUUUAUUUAUCCUUGUUGCUGAAGCACUAUCUAGAGCUCUGAAUGUGUUACAUGAUAAUCCUUGGUUUUGUGGCUUUGGAUUGCCUAAGUGGAGUCCUAAAAUUAGCCACUUAGCCUAUGCUGAUGAUACUAUCAUUUUCUCUUCAGCAUGUGAGAUUUCUUUGAAUUCGAUCAUGGAUGUUCUGAAAAAUUAUGAAGCUGCUUCUGGUCAAUUGAUUAAUAAAGCAAAAAGUUCCAUUUAUCUGCAUGAUAGAGUGGAUGAGGAUGUGUUUCUUAACGUGGAGAGGGUAACUGGUUUUAAAAGAAAGGAUUUUCCUUUAAUAUAUCUUGGUUGUCCUAUUUACUAUACUAGGGGUUGUAUGGCAUUCUAUUUAGAUUUGAUAUCUAAAGUGAGGAACAGACUUCAAAGUUGGAAGUGUAAGUUGUUAUCUUUUGGUAGAAGAGUUGUGUUACUCAAGCAUGUUCUACAAGAUAUGCCUAUGCACUUGCUUUCUACUAUUGAUCCACUUGAUUUUGUUAUUAAGAAACCUCAUAAGAUUUCUGCACAAUUCUUUUGGAGUAACAAGUUUGGAGGACAGGUUGGGACAGUAACCAAGCCUACCUUGUGGGGUGCAUUGAUGAGCAACAAGUAUUUGAAGAAGACUAAUCCUAUUCUUGUUCCAUGGAAGAAGGGAUCACAUAUUUGGAGGAAUAUGUUACAAGCUAGAGAUCUCAUUGAUCAUGAAAUAUGGUGGCAGCUGAGGAUUGGAUUUUUACUUCUUUGGUUUGAUAAUUGGGUUGGUUUAGGUCCAUUGUGUUUUCUCACUGAGCCUGAUUUCUACUGUGAUGAGAAUGUCAACAAUGUUUAUGAUGUUGUUACUGAGGGAAGAUGGAAUGAAACUGUUAUUAGAAACUGUUUGCUAAAGGAACUUGCAGAAUUUAUAAUGACUGAGGUACAGCCUCCAAGUAGGGGGAAUGAUCUUGAUGUUCCAUAUUGGAGGUUUUCAACUAAUGGUAUUGAUAUCAAUGGUAUGCACUUGCAGCAAAUUAUUUUGAAGUGGUGGUCUGCUGAUAUGAGGCCUAGAUUGAAAGCUUUUUACAAUGUUGUCCUUUCUAUUGUUGUGUUUGAUCUAUGGAAGAAAAGAAAUAGAGAUAAGUACAACAAUAAGGUGAUAGAUGCAAGAGUAUUAUAUCAAGCUUCAACCUUGAUACAACAACUAGUGAAACUGAGGAAACCAGGCAUAUAG